AUGGAAAAAUUGAUGAAAGGAGAUCCAAUGCCGUUUUAUUCUCAGAUGAGGAAGCGCUGUAUCAAUUCAAAAGAAUUCGCCGAUAUUCAAUUUCUCAUUGGCCCAAGAAGAGAACCAGUUUGGGCGCACAGAGCUAUUCUAGCCGCCAGAAGCGAGGUUUUCCGAACUGUUUUGAGACAAAAAGGAGCCUCUGUGAAUAAAAAUCAGCCGCUGAUUUUGGAAGAUGAAAGAACAGAAGUCUUUCUGACGAUGCUUGACUACAUGUACACCAACUGCUGCACGCUAACCUACGAGCUUGCACCAGCCGUCCUUUCCGCCGCGAAUGAAUACGGCCUCGACGGGCUCCGCCGAAUCACGUCGAAAUUCAUGGCGGACAACAUUACGGUCGAAAACGCCUGCACCAUCAUCGACUCCUCCGUACUCAAUCAGCAGAAAGAACUUGUCAAGCGGGUUUUGACCUUCAUCGAAGAGCACACCGAAGAUUGCUUCGCGAGUCAGAGCUUUUUGGAAAUUUCUGAUGCGACGGUUGCGUUUUUGCUUAGAUCGGAUUUGCUAAGGAUAGAUGAGUUGGAAAUUCUCAAUUACAUCAAAAAAUGGGCAGAAACAGUGAGCUACUCUGAAAACAAACCGAUGGAAGAUAUCGCAGCGCCUGUUAUAGGCUCUGUUCGACUAGCGCUAAUCGGAUCUGACGAGCUUUCUCAAAUCGAGUCCGAAAACGAGGUCGUUCCAUUCAUUCCUGCUUCCAUGCUCGCCAAUGCUUGGAAGCUUCAUGCUUUGAAGAACCAAAAAUACAAAGAAAGCUCUGAAUUACGACUUCGACGAGGGACCAUACCUCGGGAUCAUCAUCAAUUCAUCGCAAAAUCUGCGAAUUUGACUGGAAAAGGCGCCGAUGAAGAAGAUCAUUUUGAAGAGCACAAUUCUGAUGACCAAAUUUUAUCUGAAGAAAAAACCGGGGAAGAGCACCUACAAGAAGAGCCAAAGCAGAAAGCGAAAAAACUCAAGAAGAAAAAGAAAAAAUCUAAAGAUUAUUCAAAAGACUCCUCCUAG